UAUUAUCAUCAAUUCCUUCAAAUAAGUUGUCCCUCAAUUUUGGAAUUUAGUUUGUUAGUACUAGAAUAUAAUCUGGUAAAUGUUCUUUUUGGUAAGAAAGUCAAAAUCUUUUAGGUUCGAAAGAAAUUAAAGAAGUUAGAGUGAAGGAAUAACAAUAUUAAGAUGAGCAACAAAGUGACAGUGAGUGCAAGUAGUAAUGGUGGUAGUAGUGGUAAGUUUGAGAAAAGGUCUAUGAUGGAUGAGAUUAGAAGCUUCGAGAAAGAUGGUUUCUUUGAUUUAGGCCAUCCUCUCCUUAAUCGUAUUACUCAUAGCUUUAUCAAAGUUGCUGGGAUUGGAGCUAUCCAGGCUGUAUCUCGUGAAGCUUAUUUUACUGCAAUUGAUGGUGUUGGGAUUGAUUCAGGUAGCGCAAAUGGUAAUGGUGCCAAGAGACGUAACACAUUUUCAGAUCUUAGAGGGGAGACCAGCAGAAAGUCGGUUGAAGCCUUGGUUAAACAUACAGGCAAAGAGUCCUUUCAGUGGGGAUUGGCCGCUGGGGUGUUCUCGGGUUUAACUUAUGGAUUGAAGGAGGCUCGUGGUUAUCACGAUUGGAAAAACAGUGCUGUAGCCGGAGCAUUGACAGGCAUGACGCUCGCACUUACAUCAGAAGAUACAACCCAUGAACAAGUUGUGCAAUCUGCAAUCACAGGAGCAGCUAUUGCUACUGCAGCCAAUAUGCUUACAGGGACUUUCUAAGAGUAGGAAUUGGACCUUUUGCAAUUAUUUUGCACUCCCAACUUUUUACUUAUGUCUAAUGUUGAUAUUUGUUGGUUUACUCUUUUAUGUACGAAAGAGAUAGUAGCUAUGUAGUGAUUGUUUUGCCUUUGAUGUUGGAUAGUUUCUUCUCGGAUUUCGAGAAAACCGACAUGUGAAAUAGGAGGUAGAAGACCAAACUACUAAAAAUCCUCUCAUAUUUGAUUAGUGAACAUGGCUGUUUUAAACAUUUAGGAGGUUCUAUUUAAUCUUAGGAUUGGGCA